AAGAGCAGAGGACGGAAAGGUCAAAAGGCAGGGAGCAAAACAGUGACCACAGGAGGAGUACGCAGCCAACGGAGCCGAGGGGCUGACAGAUAUGCUUCCGGGAGGGGAAGACGGCAAGCGGCGCGGCGCCACCGCCGACAGCGACGCCGACGCCGAGGCCGGGGCGAACGCGGCCGCCCUGAACGACCUCUGCGCCACAGCCGGGGACGCGGGGCGUCCCGUGCCCGCGCCGUUCCCGAGGGCGGCGGCCUGGGCGGUCGCGGCGCUGCUCGCGGUGGGGAUCGGGCUCGGCGUCCUCGUCCUCGCCGUCGUGCGCAGCCCCGUGCUGCUCGUGCUCGCGCUGGUCCUCUCGGCGGCCGUGUCCGCGUUCCUCCUGUGGAAUGCCGCGGCCGCGGCUUCCGGCCGCGUGCUGCGGCGGUUCGUCGACGGGCUCCCGGCCUCCAGCCUCCGCGUCGCCGCCGACGGCCAGCUCGUCAAGAUUACCGGCCCUGUUUCAUGUGGUGAUAUUUCGUUGAUUUCUUCAUAUGAGAAGGUGGAGAACUGUGUAUACACCUCUACGCUGCUAAGAAAAUGUGUUAGAUGGGGUUCUGAGGUGGCAAAUCCUAAAAAUAAUUGUUCCAGGUGGAAAUUGACACAUGCUGAGAGGUUUGCUGCUGAUUUCUACAUAACAGAUGCAAAAUCAGGUAAAAGAGCCUUGGUGAAAGCUGGGUACCACACGAAAGUUGUUCCAUUGAUCGAUGAAAAUGUUCUGGUUACAACAAGCAGAAGUACCGAUCUAUCUUCAACCUUGAAAUGUUGGCUACAAGAAAGAAAUCUUUCUUCUGAAGAAGCUCAGCUUAUCCGUCUUGAGGAAGGAUAUAUCACGGAAGGAAUGAGGUUGAGUGUGAUUGGAAUUUUGAGCAAGAAGAAUGGAGAGUUCAUGAUAUUUCCUCCCCGUGAACCAAUAUCUACAGAUUGGGCAUUAUGAGCUCAGAAGCUGUGCAAAGGUCAUGCAGUCCCCAUCUAGGAUCCAAUCAUAUUUUCAGGCUUUCCGAAACAUUUGUUUCUGGAAGGCAGCAUUGUCAACCAGAUAACAACUUUUAUUGCAUGAUUAAAUCUUCUUCCUUUGCUGGGCUGUUGUCAUUCUGCAUAGCUUUCAAGCGCCCUCAAUGGCUUUAGUAAAUCAACACAAGUCAACUUCAGGACACUUCUAACUGAAGGGAACCCCAACCACAAUUUAACAAGCAUCAAGCAGAACUUAAAAGCUGUGGAUCACAGAUGAGGACGUUUACAGUGUACUGUAGUACUGUAGUUCUACCAUGCUACUUGCUGUUUGCGGCAGUAAUGGGCCUUCCUCCGGAACUGAAAUGGAAGUACGGUAGUGGUAGUGCAGACUGGCAGUGUUGCUGCUGCAAUUUGGGUCUGGUUAGUUCACGGGAUUCUGAAAACACAGGUAGAAAAAAAACGCAGGAAUAUAUGAUAGGAAUGCAGGUUCACAUAUUUCGUGGGUAGGAAUUCUAGAAAGAGGUCCAGUGGAUCCAGAGUCUCGCCGAAACAAGAUAUUGGGAACUUCUGUCUUUUCUUUCUCCAGAAAUCUAUAUCGUGUGAAGGUUCCCUCAGAAAGUUGUAAAAUUCCUGUGUUUUUCCUAGCUUACAGCGUUCCUAGGAAUUUCUGCUCGGGGCUUGUCUGUUCCA